AUGAGAUGAGAGUGGCUGUCCCAACCAGAGCAUGCAUCGUCUCCACGAAAGAACAAGUUGCCCGGUGGAUCCUCACGCCCAACACUGCUUCACGCUUGACUGGUGGACAGUGGAGAAGCGACUGAUCAUGGGAAUCAGCUGGGUUUCGUAUCCCACUUGGUUUGAGUUUCAUGUUUCUGGUCAGGCUCUAUAUUCAACUAAUACAUCUAUAACCAUAUCGAUCUAUAAUGUAACAGACAGUCUUCCAUAUAGUCUAUCCCACUGUCAAAGUAUCAAUAACGAUAGCUAUACAUCCACGGAAUUACACCCCAGCCAAGAAGGACACGACUCAGCUGGACGCCACCCACUCGUUCACUGUCACUGUCUACUAACUUCUUCGGUCUUCCCCACGCUCCUCCGUCCUCAGGGUUGGUUCCCACCGAGGCAGACACUGAGUGGAAGACCAGCUGCCCGGACAGUGACACCGCAGACCCAUUUGGCCCCUCUGGGGAAUGAGAACAGCGCCCUGCAGUUGUGACUGGUUUCUGACCAGCCGUUUCUUUCUCUUUUCU